AUGGUUGCUGAUAAAGAAUCUUGCAUCGAAUUGUUCAAAUCAAUCGGUUUGACGGAACAGAAAGCUCAAGAAACUCUAAGAAACAGUGAAUUAUCUACUCAACUAGAGCAAAUCAUCAAUGAAGCAAAACAACAUCUGAAUAAGAAUGAAAAUAUUCCGAAAACAGUUGGAAAACUAUUGUAUAGCGUAGCAACAAAAAGUAAACAACAAAUACAACAUUUGAUUCCGCAUUUAAUCAAAUACAUUUGUGAAGAUAAAAUUAAAAAUGAUGUACAAUUAACAGCUGCACUUGAUUAUUUAUUAACACAUCCAACUGAAAAAAUAGAUACCAAUGCAUUUGAAGAAGCAUCUGGUAUCGGAAUUGUUGUCAAACCUGGAGAGAUUGAUAGCGUGAUAGAAGAACUAAUUACGCAAAACAAAGAACAACUUUUAGAACAACGAUAUGAAUUUCCAACUGGUCCACUACUGGCGGAAGCAAGAAAGCGUUUAAAAUGGGCCGAUGGUAAAGAAUUAAAAUCAGAAUUGGAAGUUCAACUUUUAGACCUGCUUGGUUCAAAUGACAGAUCAGCAUCAUCAGCAGUAACAACAGCAAAUACAACAAAAAACAAGAAGAGCAAGAAAGUCAAUGUCUCAAACGCCACUGAACAUAAAAAUGAAAAUGUGAACGCAUCUGUACUUUCAAAACCCAAAGGUGAUGAAAAUUCAGAUAACGGACUUGCCGGUGAAGCGCUGAAUUUCCACAAACCAGGAGAAAAUUAUAAAACAGAAGGAUAUGUUUUAACUGACAAAACAAUGGAUCUUCUCAAAGAACAUUUGAAAAAAACUGGUGGCCAGGUUGUCACACGAUUUCCUCCCGAACCUAAUGGAAUUUUACAUAUUGGUCAUGCAAAAGCGAUUAAUUUUAAUUUUGGUUAUGCAAAACACAAUGACGGUAUUUGUUAUUUACGCUAUGAUGACACAAAUCCAGAAAAAGAAGAAGAAAAAUUUUUUACCGGCAUAGUAGAUAUUGUCCAAUGGUUAGGAUAUAAACCGUACAAAAUAACGCAUGCAUCUGACCAUUUUGAUCAAUUAUAUGAAUGGGGAAAAGAAUUGAUUCGACGAAAUUUAGCCUAUGUUUGUCAUCAAAAACAUGAAGAAUUAAAAGGUCAUAAUGUACCUAUUUCACCAUGGAGAGACAGACCUGUUGAAGAGUCAUUACAAUUGUUUGAGGAUAUGCGUCAUGGUAAAUUUGCCGAAGGGGAAGCGACAUUACGUAUGAAAUGCGUAAUGGAAGAUGGAAAACAAGAUCCCGUAGCAUAUCGAAUUAAAUAUGCUCAUCAUGCUAAAACUGGAGAUAAAUGGUGCAUUUAUCCAACGUAUGAUUAUACUCAUUGUUUGAAUGAUUCAAUUGAAAAUAUUACCCAUUCAUUGUGUACGAAAGAAUUUCAAGCAAGACGUUCAUCAUAUUAUUGGUUAUGUAAUGCACUUGAUGUUUAUUGUCCAGUCCAAUGGGAGUACGGCCGACUAAAUCUUCUUUAUACAAUUACAUCAAAAAGAAAAAUUCUGAAACUUAUUCAGAAGGAAGUGGUCAAAGAUUGGGAUGAUCCAAGACUUUAUACACUUACAGCAUUGAGAAGACGUGGUUUUCCUCCAGAAGCUAUUAAUUCGUUUUGUUCAAAAAUUGGUGUGACAAUGUCACAAACAGCUUUACACCCGGAUAUGUUAGAUUCUUUUGUGCGAGACACAUUGCAUACAACAGCACCACGUCUUAUGGUUGUUCUUGAACCACUUAAAGUAACAAUAACAAAUUAUCCAUAUGAUAAAGAAACAGAAUUGACCGUACCAGAUUUUCCACACGAAGAAACACGAGGAUCUCAUAAAAUAGUAUUUGAUUCGAUUAUUUAUAUAGAGAAAACAGAUUUUAGUGAGGAAGCACGAAAAGAUUUCAAACGUUUGACGUUAACACAAUCUUGUGGACUUCGAUAUGCUGACUUAGCAAUUACUGUUCAAGAAGUUGUAAAGGAUGCCAAUGGUGAGCCAAUUGAAUUGAAGGUAUCUUGUCAGAAAAUAGAUAACAAAUCAAAACCAAAAGGUUUUAUUCAUUGGGUAUCACAUCCAAGCACUUGUGAAAUUCGACUAUACGAUAGAUUAUUCAUCCAUCCAAAUCCAGACGAUCCGAAAGAAGUACCAAAUGGAUUUUUAUCAGACAUUAAUGUGAAUUCACUAACAAUAAAUUCUCAUGCAUUGAUUGAUAGUGGCUUCAAAGAUGGAAAACCAUUUGAUAAAUAUCAGUUUGAACGUAUUGGUUUUUUUAGUAUUGAUCCAGAUACGACAAGUGAAAAGUUCGUCUUUAAUAGAACAGUUGCAUUAAAAGAAGAUAAAAAAGCAAAUUAA